UGUGGAUUGGCAUUAAAAUUAGUGCGCGUUGCUGACUUUGCAUGAUCUAAUCUAAAGUUAUUCGUGAAAAAUGUCGCAAAAACGACCAAAAUACUUGUCUUUAAAGAAAAAAGUUGAUGUAAUAGAAAAAUUAAAAGGAGGAUCAAGCGUAACCAGCUUAGCAAACCAGUACAGUGUUGCAAAAUCAACAAUUUGCGCUAUCAACAAAAAAAAGAGAACAUUUUAAAAUGUGUUAACAGUACAUUUUCUGGGCCUAGAAAGCGGAAGACUUUGAAGUGUUCUGAACUUCCUAAAAUGGAAAAAGCGCUUUACCGUUGGUUCCUUAAACAGCGACAAAAAAAUUACCCUGUCAAUGGAUUGAUAGUUACAUAAAGAAAAAGCUAAAUUUUUUCAUUCAAAAAUUAAAGAAACUCAAAGCGAUUUUAAUGCGAGUGAUGGAUGGUUGCAAUGCUUUAAGAAGCGUUAUGGUAUGCGUUUUAUUAAAAUAAGUGGAGAAAAGUUAUCUUCUAGACCUGAACUUGUGGACCCUUUCAAAAACAAGCUGCAAGCCAAAAUUAAAGAGCUAGGUCUGUCGCACGAUCAAAUAUAUAAUGCAGACGAAUCGGGACUAUUUUGGAAGCUGCUACCUGUCAGAACAUACGUAUCCUCACAAGAAAAAAUGCUCCUGGAAGGAAAACGGAAAAACAGCGUGUACAAACGCAACAGGGGUGCAUAAAGUUAAACUUCUUGUUAUUGGAAAGGCAAAAAAUCCUCCCUCUUUUAAAAAUUUUGAUUCUCCUGUUGACUACAAUGGCUCCAAGUCGUCAUGGAUAACGGCUGCCAUUUUUAAACAUUGGUUUCACCAUUCGUUUGUACCACAGGUCAGGAAAUUUUUAAAAGAUCAAGGAUUGCCCAAUAAAGCUCUGCUGUUGAUAGACAAUGCUCCAUCUCAUCCUCCCGAAAAUGAAUUGAGAUCAGAUGACGAGUUAAUAACUGCAAUGUUUAUGCCACCUAAUGUCACUCCACUCAUACAGCCAAUGGAUCAAAAUGCCAUACGACUUACAAAACUUUUCUACAAAAACAGUCUUUUGGCAUCAAUUGUAGCCACAAGGGCUGAUGUUAUUGAAGCCCUAAAGAAAUUGACGUUAAGAGACGCUAUUGGCUAUUCAGAUUUAGCUUGGCAACGUCUUGAAAAGGAAACAAUAGCAAAAUGCUGGACGAACAUUUUAAGCUCUGUAGAAGAUGAAAAAGACUGUGAUGAGGAUAUUCCAUUAGCUACUUUGAAAGAAAGGAUUUGUUUACCAAUUAACUGCCAACAAGAACGCGCAAUAGAACUGCUUCAUUCAAUUAAUCCAGAGGGUAGUUUUUCAAUUGCUGAUAUCAAUGAAUUCACUGAAGAUUUUCCUAACUCAACCAAAACGAACGAGGUUUUAACUAGUGAUGAACGUGAAAGCGAGGAUAGUAAUCUGGAAAGACCACAUACAAGAAUAGAGCCUAGUGAAUCAAUCAACAUUUUUAAUAAAGCUUUGCAAUGAGCGGAAGAUGAAAAUAUAAGUCCAACAGAUAUCAGCGUACUUAAACGUCUCCGCGAAAAAGCAGUGUUCAGCAAUUAGUAAAAAAAGAAAAACCAAAAAAAGAUAACCCAUUUUUUCCAAUAAUUUCAAUGGGUAUUUUUUUCUUAACAAA